UAAAGUCAUUACCCUCUGCAGUCUUCGCCUUCUGAAAGCCCAAACCUUUCCUUCCGAUUUCCAGAACCCAGAAAAACGAACGACGUCGUUUCAAUCGUCUUCGACCCUUUUCUCUCUCUCCCCUGUUGAGAAAGAGAGAGUCACAGCUGUUAAACGAUGGCGGCAUAUAUGAGCACGGGAGAAGCACACAGGCGAAUCACAGAGUACCUGAGCCGCUUCUACGACGCCGUUUCGUCUCAGGAUGGCAGAUCUCUGAGCAGCCUCUUCCUCAUCUCCUCCAACUCUUCCUUCAUUCUCUCUCUAUCUGAUGCUCUCAUCGCAUUCCAGGAUCCUAAUCGAGUGAUCAGACAGUCGGAGUGUUCUCAUUAUGCAGAUAUGCUACUUCCAUUAUUCCGUGCUUUCCAGAGUUAUAAGCUCAAUAAUCUGGCUGAGACUUACCAGGCUUUUGAAAAAUCCGCCAACUCUUUCAUUCAAGAAUUUCGUAACUGGGAAUCGGCAUGGGCUCUGGAAGCACUUUAUAUCAUAGCAUAUGAAAUUAGAGUUCUUGCUGAAAGAGCAGACAGAGAGUUGGCUUCCAUGAGGAAAACCCCUGAAAAAUUGAUAGCAGCGGGAUCAUUCCUUAUGAAAGUAUUUGGGGCACUGGCUAGUAAAGGACCAAAACGAGUAGGAGCAUUAUAUGUGACUUGCCAGCUUUUCAAAAUUUAUUUCAAGCUUGGAACUGUUCACUUGUGUAAAAGUGUGACAAGAAGUAUUGAAACUGCCCGGAUUUUUGAUUUUGAGGAAUUUCCUCUUAGGGAUAAGGUCACCUACAUGUACUACACAGGUCGUUUGGAGGUCUACAAUGAAAACUUUCGUGCUGCUGAUCAGAAGCUGUCAUAUGCUCUAUCCCAUUGUGAUCCUCAAAAGGAGGGAAAUGUAAGAAUGAUACUGAAAUAUUUGAUACCCGUGAAGCUUUCAAUUGGAAUCUUGCCUAAAACUUUCCUCCUUGAGAAGUAUAAUCUGAAUGAGUACAGUAACAUAGUGCUUGCUCUUAGAAGAGGUGAUCUCCGUCUUCUUCGAUCCACUCUACAGGAGCAUGAGGAUAAGUUAUUGAGGUCUGGUGUUUAUCUUGUCCUCGAGAAGCUAGAGCUUCAAGUUUAUCAGAGGCUACUAAAAAAGAUUUACAUCAUACAAAAGCAGAAAGAUCUGAACAAAGCUCACCAAAUCAAGCUGGAUUUAAUUGUAAAAGCUCUGAAGUGGCUUGGAAUGGAUAUGGAUGUUGAUGAGGUGGAAUGCAUAAUGUCCAUUUUAAUUUACAAAAAUCUAAUGAAAGGCUAUUUUGCCCACAAGAGCAAAGUGGUGGUUUUAAGCAAGCAAGAGCCAUUCCCCAAAUGGACAGGCAAACCAGGCAAUUUGUAAAGAAGAAAAGAAAUGGUUGUGGUGUACCUUUUUAGUGCCUUUCUGCAAUGGAUUCCCAUGGAAGUCCGUUCUGUCAUGUGAAAAUUUUUCUGAAUUUGGCAGCACCAACUUUAAUACUAUGUUUGCUUCAAGAAAUUCGAAAAGAAAAAAAAUGAUUCUCUUAUU